AUGGCUCUCGUCGAAAAAAUUCAGUUGACAGACGAUUUUUCUGUCUAUGCAAAUCCAGCCGCUAAGCUUGAAGUGGAAUUUAUUCACAAAGAAAUCUUCAUCGACAAGUGCUAUGAUGUCGCGCCAUUUCCCGACGAUAGCUUCAUAGUCGAUGCUGGUGGCAACAUUGGCAUGUUCACCCUGUACAUGAAGAGAAAAUAUCCACAAUCAACCAUUCUCGCUUUUGAGCCUGCUCCGGCUACGUUUUCUACUUUUCAGCGCAAUAUGGAAUUACACAACGUUUCCGGUGUACAAGCCCAUCAGUGUGGGCUCGGCAGGGAAGAUGCAAGUCUGGCCUUGACGUUCUACCCGCAGAUGCCAGGCAACUCGACGCUGUAUGCCGAGGACAAAACGAACCAAAUGAAGUCUGUGGACCAAAAUCACCCUAUCGCCAAGCUUAUGCAAGAGACGCAUGAGGUGCAAGUUGAUGUGAAACGGCUGUCGGAUUUCCUUGGCGAGGUCCCCAAUCUGAAACGCGUCAACCUGCUCAAGGUAGACGUGGAGGGCGCCGAGAUGGAUGUGUUACGAGGUUUAGAUGACGAGCAUUGGGAUCUGAUUGACAAUGUUGUAGUCGAGCUUUGCGACAGCAAAGGAGACUUUGCCACGGCCAAGACUCUGCUGGAAUCCAAGGGAUUUGCGGUUGCUGUAGAGAGGCCCGACUGGGCACCACCAGAUCUAAAGAUGUACAUGUUGAUCGCAAAAAGAAACUGA